AUGAGCAAGUAAUCUAAACGUUGGUAUAGUGUCAUUUGUUCUCGGUUAAGAGAAAAAGGCCGUAGAUCCAGCCGAAAGAGCAAGACUAAAGGAAGAGAGAUUCCAAUAAAAGAAGAAAUUAGAGUCAUGUCUGACUUUAGUGAGAUCACUUUUCACAAGAGAGGAGGUAUAUAAUAUAAAAUGUAUAAUCAACAAUGCAUUUAGACUAAUAUCUAAGAUUUCGUUAAGGAGCACCCAACCCUUCACAAGGAUAGAUUAUUCAGCAAAAUUUUAGCAUAAAUGAUGAUCCACUGCAAAGAGAGAAUUACUCCUGAGUAGAAUGUGACUCUCCAAACUUAUAAGGAUAGAUCAGCUGAGUUCGACUCUACACAACCAGCCUAUUCAGCUCUCCUAAACUUUGACCUCGGCAAAUACGCAGUAGAUCAAAGUCUUCCAAAAGAAAAGUAAGAAGGUCCAGUUGAUAUGAGUCAGCAAGAGGGUAUGAUGUAGACAAUUGUUGAGGAUUUAAGCGAGGAAAUGAAAAGAGAACGUGAAGAGGAGAUGAGAAACACCAGAGGAGCUCCAUCAAUCUUUUUCCUUGAGCUGUCUAAUAUGUCAACUUCAAUUGGCCUUCUCUAUAUGCUUGCCAUCAUUGGUUUCUUCGGGUUAAUCUUCUACGUACUCAUCAAUUAAAUCCUAAACAAGCCAGUUGAUUUUACAUCACAAAAGAAAUAGGAAAGACAGCAUAAGAAGAGAAGCACUGGCAAAAAAGAAGAAUGA